CGGUCGCUUGGAAGCAGUGGAAGCACGUCCAUUGCUGGCGGUGCAGAGUUAACAUCAUUACUGGAGAAUAGGUAACAUCAAGGAACGGACGUUAUCGCGUCUAACUCCACCUUAACACCAUGGGUGAGACAGAAAAGCAGCCGGAACCACCUAAGGCUGUCCAGCAGAAGAUGGUCAUCGCAAACAAAGUGACAGGAACCGUAAAAUGGUUCAACGUCAAAAGUGGAUACGGGUUCAUCAAUAGGAAUGACACUAAGGAGGAUGUGUUCGUCCAUCAGUCGGCCAUCGUCAAGAACAACCCGCGGAAGGCUGUGCGUAGCGUCGGAGAUGGCGAGGUCGUCGAAUUCGACGUCGUCAUCGGCGAGAAAGGGCACGAAGCUGCAAACGUCACCGGCCCAGCAGGUGAAGCAGUGAAGGGCUCGCCUUACGCCGCGGACAAGCGUCGUGGAUAUCGCGGUAUCCAUUGGGUAUAUCCAAGACGUGGCAACGGCCGACCUCAAAAUCGUAGACCACGCGAAGGCCAGGAGGGUUACGAUCAAGGUGAGGGAAAGAGCGGUGAUGACGCGAAUGCUCCUGAGGGCCAAGCACCGCAGCAACAGCGUCGUUAUAGGUUGCGGCGUCAUUAUGAUGGUUAUUAUCGCGGAGGACGGCGUUCUGGUCCCGCACAGCAAGGAGAGAACACCGGCGAUGGUGGUGAACAAGUGGAAGGAAACGGCGAGGGUAACGUACCGCCGCGCGGUGGAGGUCGUGGACGUGGCGGUCCGUCACGGCGUUACUUCCGCCGUAAUUUCCGCGGAGGAAGAGGUGGUGGUCCACCACGACGUCCUCGCAGCCAGGAUGGCCAGGUAAGGUCGGAGCAGAAGUCGGAUGCACCUAAAGAUUCAGAUGCACCUGCCGCGGCCCCUGCUCCACAGGAGAGCCAACCAGUGCAAAACACCACCACGGAAAGUACCGCUUAACCGAGAAAGAGUAAACGCGCUGCUACCAUAAGAAGAACUACUUUUAAUAUAUAACACCAACACCCGUUAUACACACAACAACAACAAUAUCAACAACAAUUAUAAAACAAUUGCAAAAAAAUCCAAAAAAACUAAAAAGAAAAAAAAAUAUAAGAAAUCAACAAACACUACUCCACACUCUCGCAAAUUACAAUUAAGAUAUGUAUGAAAAUCCAAGAAUGCGUCGAUUAGAGGAAGCGUGCGGCGAAACAAAAUUCAGCCUUCAAGUAAAACUUUUGUUUUUUUUUUGUACUUUGUGAAAUUUCACGCACGGCGGAUAAUAACGGCGAAGAAACGAUGGAGAGGCGAAGAAGAAAUUGUUCGCCUCUCUAAACGGAUUCUUUUAUUUAAUAAUCGAAUAAUUAAACCGCGUAAGGAUUACGACGUUGUACGACGGUUAAUUAAUAAUAAAAAUCCAUAGAGCGCAGAGCAGCAGAGAGAAGAGUAAAGCAAUUACGGAGUACAGAGCGAUGAAUUCGAGCGCGACAAGAGAGAUAUAUAUAUACAUAUACUUGUUUUUUUUUGUUUUUUGUGUAUUUCUUGUUAUAUUACUUCUGAUUUUUCUCCGGUAAAACGCAUUAUAAAUCGUUUCAUGUGCGAUAUAUUUGAGUUUAUUGCUAUAUAUUUCCGCGAGUUUUCUUCACUUUUCGGCGACUUUUUCAUCCAAAGAAAAAUCGAUUGAUAUUGAAUGGAGUAGCACUUGAGAAUUUUUUGUCUGUCUCGAAAUCAUUGUUUAAUUUCAACUCAUAUAUAUCUGAAAAUUAACUACCGUUAUUGCUUUCGCUCUUUUGGUUGCAAUUUUACCUUGCGUUGAUCAAUAAGCGUGUAGCGUAUAAAUAUAGUACAAUUUUGAGGUACGCGCCUCAAAUAUGAUGAUGUGGUUGUGUCGAGUCCAAAUUUUCUUAUACUUUACAAGCGAUUUGUUACAUAUAGAAACGAUUAUUGUAAUAGCAUUUAUCUUGGCCAUAUUUUUUAUAAUUAUCAAUACUAGCCCCUGGCGGGUUCCGCGGUGUACAAUUAAUUAGCGAUUAUUGUUAUUUUGACUUUACGCAUUAUUGAUUAAUCGCGAAUUAGGACGCGGAAGUUUGUGAGAUUCCGUCUACUCUGAAAUUCAUUCAGAUUCGAUAAUGUAAAGGAUAAUGUAGAAUUAAUAAGGAGAAUAGUGAUAGGACUUCUCCUAGGACAGAAGUAUAUCUGCAUCAUUGAUGUUAUUAGUCUUCUUCUUGGUUCUAUUAUGAUUUACAUUGGACAAUCAAUGUAAUUGCACUUCUCAGCGACGUUCGCAAUCUGAAAAAGAUACCCGAUAAAAUCUCACAAACCUCCGCGUUCGUUCGGAACGUGUGUAAAUCGUCCGGUUGUUUCUGAAACCGACAUUCGAUCGACUAUCUGCACCGGGCAAGUCGUUUUUUAAUUAAACCAACUGAACGUUUGCAUGCGGCAAUCGACUCGAUUUGACUUUUCGAAACAAGAGCCGGGCGUAUCACACACAUCGGCUCGAUUGACAAUACGAAUAACGUAGACUGUCAUGAGAGUACGAGAGAGAGAGAGAGAGAAAAGAGAGAGAAUUAAGAGAGAGAGAAAACGUACUUUAUAUAAUUUUGCAUGAAACUAAUUUUUAAAAUUUUAGUUUGUAGUAUCGUCGACGGGAUAAUAAAAGAAAUAUAUACGUCUACUUUCUGUACAAAAAAAAGAAAAAACAAGAAAAUUAUCUUUAUAAUUUGGCGAAAUUUUUAAUAAAUUCGUAUUUCUUUUCCAAUUCAAACUCUAUAUCCAGACGACACACGUCUGCGAGAUAUCACGGAAAUGUGGGAGAAGAAGAAUAAUCUUCUAAAUAUUUCUCGUGUCGUUUGGGUGUAGCUUGCAGAUAUUACAUGGUGUUAUUGUUUCCGUCGUCUGUGCUCGUCGCUCAAAAAACGAUCAGUAUUGCACAAGAUAUAUUUGCGACUGAAAUGAUCUCGAAUAUAAAUAUAAUAUUGGAAUUUGAAUGCAUUAUAUAGCGUACGUAAAAAAAAAUAUAUAUAUAUACACAGAAUAUACAUAUUUUCGCAUUAUGAAAAAAUGUAUUAACGUGGUUUAUAAUUGAAAGAUAAAUUAGUAUUCAAAAUAUUGUUCGCGAAUAUAUUUUGUCCAGUACUUCCACUCUGACACGCGGUAGUUUCUCAUCCUGCCUAGGCGCCAGCUGAUUAAUUCCAAGAUAAUAUCCUAUGAAUCGCGAUGAUCGUUUUUAAUUGUUUCAUUAUCCUAUAUCGUAUCCCGUUUGUGAAGUAGCGCUUUUGUCUGGCCGCAACCCAAAGUGUGUCUUCGUAAAAUUGCAUAAUAUCUCUGUUUGUGUAGCAAAAAAUCGGAAAGAUCGAGAAAUUGGUACUUGAGAAACGUCAAACAUCCGAUUGAUUUAGUCUAAGCGAAGCGCUUUAAAGGAGUAAUGAGACGAGAAGAAGGUGUGUGUGCGUGAGUGUGGUGCCAAGUGGAGAGAGAUAAACGCGCGGUUACGUUACGCAGAUGUGCGCGUUAUUUAUACUUUUACAAGCGUAGAAAAAAAAAUAUAUAUAUAUAUAAGCAAUCGAUCGAGAGAAAAUCGAUCCGCGCCGAUGGUCGCCGAAAAUUCUUUUUUUUUAUUCGAUUCUGUAAGAAAGAACCCAGCGGACACGAGAUGUUAUCAACGUAUACGUGGCUCUCGCGUUUCCCGCUUUUCUAUUAAAUUGCAAUCCGCGUCCGUUGGGACAAAAUCGUGGCGACUCUUCGGGCCGCGUUGUUUAACGUAAUCACCCUCUGUUGUCUAACGUAACCGCGCGUUCCCACGAAAAAAACACACGGUAGAAAGAAAUAAAACAAAAAAAGAAACAACAAAAGAAUCCACACAAGAGAGACCGGCCUCUCGAGACAGCAGAGAAGAGGCACGAAACAAGCAAAAACUUCAAGCAAGCCCGCCGAACGGGCGCGCGAUUGUAACUGCAAAAAAAGAACAAUGCAUGUGUUAACAGUGAAUAUCAGAGUUAAAGCGAUAAAAGUCGUAAAGCCAAAAGAAAAAAAAGAAAGAAUAACGACGAGAAUCCAGCAGUUAAACUUAAACGCGGUAAAAAAAAAACGGUACCUAAGAUAGUAACCGAGAUCUCUCGCACAGUUUGUGCUUCGUCCUUCGGAUUAUCUGUCGUCAAGUUUUUGGCACCAAGUCGAUCGCGACCGGUCAUGAAACGCAUUAUUCCCCGCAAAAGUUCAGAGAGAAAGAGAAAGAUAGACGGGUUUUACGAUCGGGAAAGUUUCGCGGGGAAAAUUCGAUACGCGGUCCAUUAGUUCCCGAAAGUAUAAAAGCGCGGAAUUUUGUAACGCAAUCUCCAUAAGCCGGUUCUUCGUACGUCGAAUACUUUUCCUCAGAGAUGCAUAUAGCGAUUCUCGAAAUGAUUUAACGUACGACGAUCCGUAAAUAUGCAAAUUGCUUCUGGCUGAGCGAAAAUUUACGGUUCCCCGAGUGCAUUCGCGAAUUAAUAAUCGUGUUGUCGCAAAGUUUCGCGAUUGUCAUUGGCGAUUGUCCCUUUCGGUUCUCUCCACUCGUCGAAAAAAAAAAAAAAA